AUGCUCGCUAGCGUACGUAAGUGCAUGCGUAUACCGCGGCGUACGAAUGUCACGACGGAUUAUAGAACUAAGGAGAUACGUUUAAUCGUAUCUAUCUAUCUAUCUAUCUAUCUAUCUAUCUAUCUCAGUCGAUUUUUAUCUGUCUAUCUCUGUGUUCAUAUGUAUUUCCCUCUACUUAUCUUAUUCUCUUCUUUCUAUCUUAAUCUUGCUCUGUCCAUAUCUAUCUAUCUAUCUACCUAUCUAUUUAUCUAUGUUCAGUCUGUUCUUAUUCAUAAAAAAACCGCACAAUUGAUUCCCCAAUUAGGAUUGAACUCACUACUGACACCCAGACUCACUGACAAUUGCCCCAUGCCAAAGCGCCCUUUUUGUCUUCUUGUUAUGGUUUUGUAUUUUUCAUUCUUUUUUUGUUUACGAUUUUUUUGUUUUCAAUCUUGUUUUCGUUCUUUUUACUGUCAUCUUCUUUGCUUCUUUUUACUUCUCAUCUUUCUAUUUUGUUUUUCCGUUUCCUUCAUUUUUUUCCUUUUCUCUUCUUCUCUCUUUUCAUUAUUUUUAGUCCUCUUCUUUCUCUUUUUAUUUCCACUUCUUUCAUUUUCUUUCUCUUGCUUUCUCCAACGUCUUCACUCUUUUCCUCUUCCUUCCUUCCUCUCUCUUUUCUUUCUCUCCCCUCCUUCUUCUUUUCUUCAUUUUCCUCCUUUCUCUUUUUCUACCUCCUCUCCUUUCUUUUUUAUCGUUUUUUUCUCAUUUACUUACUUUUAUUCUGCUGUUUUACUUUUACUUAUGCCUCCUCCUCUUUUUAUUCCUUCCUUUCCGUUUUUCUUCCUUUUCUUUCAUUCACAACAUUUUCGGGUUCCAUUAUUAAUUUUCGCUAGUGCUUCUUCUUGUUAUCCUUCUGUCUUGUUAUACUUUCUAUUUUAUAUUCCUUCCUAUUUUUCAUUUGUUUCUUUUUUCUUUUUUUCUUUUUCAUCUUUUCCUUUGUUUUCUUUUUCUUCAUCUGUGUGCCUUUUCUUUAUUUUCGUCAUCUGUUUAUUCUAUUUUUCUUUCUUUUCUUCAUUUUCCUUUUCUUCAUCUGUGUGCCUUUUCUUCAUUUUCUUUCAUUUUAUUUAUCUGUUUGUUCUUUUUUCCUUUUCUUCAUCUGUGUAUCUUUUCUUCAUUUUCUUUAUCAGUUUGUUGUUUUUUCUUCCUUUUCUUUUUCCUUUUCUUAAUCUGUGUGCCUUUUCUUCAUUUUUUUCAUUUUCUUUAUCUGUUUGUUCUUUUUUUUUUCUUCAUCUGUUUAUUUUUCAUUUUAUUCUCCCUGUCUUCAUUUGUUUUCCUAUUUUUCAAUUCUUUUUCCUCGUCAGUUUCUUCGUAUUCAUUUUUUCCUUUUCUUCACUUCUUUUUCUUUUUUCUUUAUGGGUUUCUUCUCAUUCAUUUAUUUUCUAUCUUGUUCUUAUUCUUUUUUCUCCUUCCUGUUCUUUCUUUCUUUCUUUUUUUUCGCGUUCUCUUUUGUUCUCUCUUAUAUUAACCAUCUUUUUCUCCUUCUAUUUUUCUCUCUUUUUCUCCUCUCUGUUCGUUCUUUCUCUCCUUUCUUUCUUUCUUUCUUUCUUUCUUUCUUUCUUUCUUUUUCUAGUCAUUAUAACCUAA